CGCGCACAUUCUUCCCCAAGUGGAGCCACCCCCUAACGAGGAGGCGAAACGCCCCGAGGUGCGACCAAAUCGUACCGAGCGAGUCCUGGCAUCGAAAUGACUCCCGUCGAUUUUCUUCCGGUGCAGGUGGCGGUGCUGUCCCUCUUGCUGGGGAACGUUCUCUGCGACUUGCCACCAGGGACGAGACGCAAUACGUACCUACCACCUGAGCCCACGAAAGGAUACACGUACAACAAGCCUCCGGUGCCGUUCCCGAGUCCCACGCCGACAUUCCCGGGACGUCCCACUCCGACCUUCCCGGUGGGGCCCACGAGGCCGACUCCCACCUUCCCGACUGGCCCCCCCAGGCCCCCCACAGGAUACCCCACUCCCGGACCCAGGCCCACUCCCGGAUUUCCGGACUAUCCUGGACAGCCCACCGGACACAAUGGGAACACCAUCGGCCCUGGCCCACACGAUCAUCAUCAUCACGAGCCCGGCAUGCCCUUUGACUUCAACUAUGCCGUAAAAGAGGACGCCUUCGGGAACGACUACUCCCACAAUGCUAUCAGCGACGGAGACAUUGUUCGAGGAGAGUAUCGAGUUCAAUUGCCGGAUGGUCGUUUGCAGAUCGUCCGUUAUACAGCCGACUGGAAGAAUGGAUUUAACGCUCAAGUAUCUUACGAGGGAGUCCCGCGCUUCGAUCUGCCCGGCGGAAACUUUAACCAAGGCUAUUAGACCAGGCCAUGGAUAGUUGCACUCGAAGGGUACCAUGACUUUUGGACGCACAGAUUCUUGGUGGAAGCCAUCUCAAAGAUGCAUCAACGAGUACAUCGGCAGGAAGAUCGAGAUGCGAAAGAUUUUGUUUCCGAAAAAGGGUCAAUCGCAACCCUUGACAUUCCCACGCCCCGAUUUCUGAUUGGUUGAUCGAUCGAUCGAUCGAAAGAACAACGACGUUUGCUUGCGACAAAUUUCGUUCGUGCUACCUCCAUGAACGAUCCGCGCAUCCGGGUCCAGUCCACGGUGAAGCUUAUAUUUUUAUACGCAUUUUGUCUUUUAAGAUACGCUGCUAUUUCUUGUACGAUAGUUGUAUGAAAUUUUGCCGCGUGCCCUCGAUGUGACGGUGGCUGAAUUCGAUUGAACGAUUAUGAAAGGGCGUUAAUUCAUGGGCUUGGAGAUAUGAAAACGAGGGAACGAGAAGAUGAACGUCCUUCUUCGCGGGCAUUUCAUUUCGUCCGAGAUUAUCACGGAUAAUCGUCUAACCGAAACGCGAGGAAGGAUCGCUUCGUCUUCGUAAAAUGCGAGUAUAGUGCUGCUACUAUAAUUCUUGUACUCAAUUUUGCAUCUUAUCUUGUACGACGUAGGCUGGGAUUCCCUUGUAACGGCAUUAGCUAACUUAAGUUAAUUAAUAUCUGGCAAAGGGAUGGCGAAUUUUGUAUAUUUUUCAUUUCCUCCCAGGAGGAAGAGAAACGCUAAAGGCAACCUGGCUCACUCGAAUUCAUUACCGCUUAGACAGCGAAUAAGCUGCUAUUAAAUACCUCAUCGUGCAUGGUGUAAUUACCCUCAAAGGCGUUGAAAAUGAUUUUGUGGAAAUUUCUUAGCGAAAGUAGAUUGUAAGUUGUCGGCAGGGUCUUUGAUGCAUGUACGCAUGCGUAAACUACUGCUGCUGUGCAGACAUACAAUAGAGUAUAUCAAAGAGACGUUCCGUAUUUAUAACGAGUAUCUACGAUAGAGAUUACAACCGAUUAGGGCCAUCGCAUAGUUAAGCAUCUUUGAAGAAAAAAUAAUCUCACCAAAAUAUCCAUUCUAUGCAUGACCGAACUACGUUAUCGCGUAUAUCAGCAGUGUUUAUA